AGCUCAAAAAAUAUCGUCCCGAAACCGUCCUUUUUUCUCUGAUCCGUCGAGCAUAUAAAAUCCUGUCAAGAUGCAAAACGAAGGAGGAGAAUACGUGGAUAUGUACACUCCACGAAAGUGUUCUGAGAGCAACAGGGUUAUUGGUGCUAAGGAUCAUGCAUCAAUCCAGAUCAAUGUAGGAGAGGUUGACCCUGUGACUGGCAUCUACACACGUAGCUUCAAGACCUAUGCCAUCUGUGGCCCCAUCCGUGGAAUGGGCGAGUCGGACGACAGCAUCAACAGGUUGGCCAAGAGGGACGGAUACAUUGCAAGCAACUUCUAAGCACUUUGUGAUCGAACGCAGCGGAAGAUGUCGUCUAUUUUCCAACAAAGAUGGCGCCAUUCAUAGCCGACUUGUCCAGAAUCAAGAUCAACGUUUCACUGUAUGUAAAGGGGAUAGGAUUUAUCACAAGAUGCCUGUCAGGCCUGACUUUGUUGAGGAAUAAAUGAUAGUCUUCUGACACAAAAAACAA